AUGUUUCCUCUCUCUCUCCUGUGCUCCAGGGACGCCAAGACUCAGAUGGCCAUGUCCAAGUGCAACGGCGGCGUCUGGGAGGCCACGACGCCCGUUCUCAAUUGCAAGCACACGGGCUGCCUGAUGUCGCCGCCGCAGGUGCCUGACCACGGCUCCAUCAACUGGAACCAGCAGCGGGGCGCGGGGGCGAAGGCCAUCUACGGCUGCAUCGACGGCUACAAAUCUGACAACGGCUACUACCCUCAAGUGGAGUGCGUGAACAAAACCUGGGUUGGCUUCCCGAGCGAGUGGCGCUGCAUCCGGAACGACGCCCCGCUCAAGGAGAUUGUGUUGCCGAAGGACGAGACGGAGCUCAACUAUUUCUUCGUGGUGACGAUCCCCUCCGUGGGCGGCUUGGUGCUCGUAAUCAUCUUCUGCUUGUGCUGCACAAGGACCGACUCGCCCCUCUUCAACAUCUGCAGCACGAAGGUCAGCAAGCACUACUCGAAGGCGUAAGGUGGCUAGAACCAAGUGAGACCACGGACCAAAAAAACAAAAAGAAAUGAAAAAAAAGGAAUAAAAUAAAAAAAAACAGAAAAGGUAAAGAUAGGGGUGGGGUGGGGUGGGGUUGGGGUUGCGGUUGCAUUGCAUUGCAUUGCAUAAACGGUACAGACGAAUAGGAACUUACACGAACGGCAGAAUCUGGCUGUUAUUGUUUAAGUUCUCGUGUUUAUGUCCAUUUACCAAGGAGGUAAUUGAAGCAUGUUGCCUUUUUGAUAAAUUUGGACUCUAAACAAAUUACGCGUGGAAAGACAAAUCCCCUGUAUCGCUGAAAUUCUAUUUAUUCAAAAAAAUAUUCCUGCAACUUUACUUUAAGGGUCUUUCCACUCCAGCGGGUAUGAUCGGCGGGUUCCAGAAAGAUGACGUCACAGGCGAGAAAACAAUAGGAAAACUACUUUAAUGAAUACUCAUUGCCUGUAACUUCAUCUCUACAAGUGCCCGCCAAUCACGACUGCUCACGUCGAUUGGUUCUAUGAGACGAGCUUGUGUUAAAAAAAGCGAGGUUUAGUUAACCCUGACAGCACAAUUUGCCACGAACAUGAGUGAACAUUUCUCCACGGCUUUUCUCACCACCCUAUUCUGUCACACACGGUGGAUUCACCGAUUGUGCCUUAACAAAAAACUGAAAAAAAAGCUCAUUGGAAUAUCUGUGAUUUCGAUGAACAUAAAUGGUUACAUUUGGGAAACAAAUUUUGUAGUACAUGUAGGAAGGUUCACCUUGUCCUUUGCCUUAGAGUUUCCCUAAGAGACGUAUAGAAAGUUUGAAGUCUUUCAUUUUCAAAAUGCAGAGGGUUCUGAUUCUUUUUUGUGGCAAGUCUGUGUGAAUUAGCCUUUUCUGGUUACAUUGUGUGGAAUCGCCAGUUUCAUAAAAAUGUAUUGGUAAUAAAUGUUUAGGCUAAAUAUACACCCAGUUACUGG